AUGAAACUUUAGCGCUGCGCUUGAACUACUCAGACGGUGUUCUAGCAACAAGCGGGUGCGUGAUGAUGGCGCGCCACAUCGUGCAAUGGAACUGGUGCUAAGCGAGAGCAACAGCACACUGCCAACUACCAGACAUAUCACAACGCUGCCUCGAGGACGAGCAUCGGCACUGGCAUUGGUGACGUCGCGCCUCAAUUGUGCACGAGAUUGACGCUGACCGCAUCACCCUAGCCGGCUGCGCCCCAGAAGUCGAUGUCCCGGAUUCCUGAACUUGCAAGCCCGAAUCUUUCAGUACAGUGCACUUUCAGUGCAUGGUCUUUCACUUCGCGUCUUCUGUAUAAAAGGCAGUGAAUCCGGUCACAAGUCAGCACUGGUCUGCCUCUGAAGCCAUGCAAGCAUCGGUCCUCGUCCUCUUCGCCGUAGCAACGAUCGCCUCUGCAGGUGUUCUGCAUUACGGCGGCGAUGAUUAUGGCGGAGGUGGUGGCGGCGGUUACGGCGGCGGAGGUGGCGGUUUCGGUGGUGGUGGUGGCGGCGGAGAUGACAUCAGCGUUGCAUCCGUCUCGUACGUCAAGGAGCCCGUUGUGAGCGUAAAGUACGUCGCCAAGCCUGUGGUCAGUUACGUGGCCAAGCCGGUAGCCACCGUGUCGCAUGCCCUGAAGCCCGUGGUGACGUACACGUCAAUCUCCAGCGGCGGCGGUGGGUAUGGAGGCGGCGGCGGAGGCGGAUACGGUGGAGGUGGCGGCGGAUACGAUGGAGGUGGCGGCGGCCAUGGUGGAGGAUGGCCCUGGAAGUAAGGGUGGUAUCCUUCAUGCUGGCUCCGACAGCAGUGCAUUUCCAUCAUGUGAUCGCUUAAUAAUGAACUCAACAACAGCCUUCAAAAGCGACCACAUCAAGACAGUGACAGUGUCGAUUGGCGUCCUGUGCAGUAAGCUCCGAUCUAUACUAAGCGCAAAAACAGGGCUGGGGCCCUGAUAAACACAUGAAAAUGCCAAAGAACUUGCAA